AUGUCAGAUUUUUUAAGGACUGUUGUACAGAAACUAAAUGGAGAUAAUUAUUCUGUAUGGAGUAAAAAAAUUGAACUUUUACUCAUCAGGGAAGAUUUGUGGGAAGUUGUUAAAGAGGAACCACCAACACCCGAAGAUUCAACAUGGGCAAAGAAAGACAACCGUGCGCGUGCCACUAUUGGACUGCUUAUCGAAGACAACCAAUUAGUGCACAUCGAGGAUGCAACAACAGCAAAAGAAGCUUGGGAGAAACUUAAGCAACAUCACCAAAAGGCAUCAAGGUCAAAUAUUAUAUAUUUGUACAAAAAGUUAUUUAAAUCAGCUUUGCCCGAAGAUGGAAACAUGGAAGAACACAUUUCAGAAAUUCUAACUCUAAUAAAUAAAUUGACGGCAUUAGGUGAGGUAUUAAAGGAUCAUUUAAGGGCAACUAUUUUACUAAGUAGUCUUCCAGACUCUUACAGCGCUUUGAUUACAAGUUUAGAAAGUCGAAGUGAAACAGAUUUUACUCUGGAUUUUGUUAAAGGAAGAUUAAUCGACGAAUACAGCAGAAGGAAAGAUAAUAAAAUUUCGGAAAAGAAUGAAGAAUCUGCUUUAAAGGUAAACCACAAACAGAACUUCCAAGGGAAAGAUAGAGAAACAAGGCAUUGUUUCUUCUGUAAGAAACCCAAUCACGUUAAAAAGGAAUGUUUCAAAUACAAAAAAUGGAAAGAAAAGCAGGAUAAAGAAGAUAAAGCUAAUAAAGUUUCUGAAUGUUUGGAUGAAUUCAAUGAAUUUUGCAAACUGGUAAGGGAAGAACAUUCGGAUCAAGAAAUUAAGGGAAAAACAUGUUUAAGUGCAAGUGAAAUAAAAAGUGAUAAAGAUUGUUGGUACGUGGAUUCGGGAGCAACGAGUCAUAUGACAACUUCGAAGGACACAUUUGAUGACUACGAUCCCAGUGUUAAAGGUUUUGUGCAAUUAGCAGAUUCUGGGAAAAGUUGUGAAGUGAAAGGUAAAGGCUCGGGAACCAUAAAGUGUAUUGUGGACGGAUAUCUUAAGGAAAUAAAAAUUCACAACGUCCUCUACGUGCCAUCUUUAAGUUCAAACUUGCUGUCAGUAAUAAAAUUAACAAAAGAAGGAUACAGCUUAAACUUCGAGGAAAACAGUUGUAAAGUAAUUAAGGAAGGGAAAGUGCAAGCCGUGGCUUAUUCUGAAAUCGGCGCCAACGGUUUGUACAAAAUAAAAACGGACGCAGACAAAGCUUGUAUCGUAAAAAAUAAAUUGAACGGAAAGCAUGGAACAGAUUGUCAACACGUUUGGCACAGGAUUCUUGGUCAUCGAGAUCUGCAAGCAAUUAAGGACCUUUCCGAAAAGGGGCUGGCAGUUGGCAUCAGCGUUAAGGAUUGCGGGAUACAAGAGGUAUGUGAAUGCUGCGUAAAAGGAAAAAUGGCAAGGAAACCUUUUCCAAAGGAGUCUCAAGGAAGAACUAUGGAAACUUUUGACCUGCUACACACCGAUGUUUGUGGGCCAAUACAAACAGUCACUCCAAGCAAGAAAAGGUAUAUAAUAACCAUUAUAGAUGAUUACUCAAGAUAUUCGACUGUACGUUUUAUGGAGCACAAAAAUGAGGCAGGAAAUAUAAUAAAACAAUUUGUAGAAAUGGUAAAAACUCAAUUUAACAAAACUCCUAAAUGCAUCAGAUCGGAUCGAGGAAAGGAAUACGUAAAUCAGGAUUUGCAAAAUUAUUUGAAAAACAAAGGAGUAAAGUUGCAAUAUACAGUAUCGUAUUCACCCCAGCAGAACGGAGUCGCAGAAAGGAAAAAUAGAUCACUUUUGGAGAUGGCAAGAUGUAUGAUGUUAGAUGCAAAUCUGGAGAAAAAGUAUUGGGCUGAAACAGUUAACACUGCAAACUUUUUGCAAAACAGAUUACCCACAAGAAUCACAGCGAAAACUCCUUAUGAAUUAAUGUAUUCCAACAAACCAGAUUUGAAGAAUUUGCACAUUUUCGGAUGUGAUGCAUAUGCGCAAAUUCCUAAGGAACUACGUCGGAAAUUAGAUGAUAAGGCAGAAAAACUUACUUUCAUCGGCUACUCUGAAGAAUCAAAGGGAUUUCGACUUCUGGACAAGAAAACAGACCGCAUUAAAGUGAGCAGAGAUGUCAUUUUUCUCGACAAGAAUCAGCAAGUGAAGAAUUCAAAUGAAGCGGAAUUAAUCAUCUCGGAAGAAAAAUUCAGUGAAACAACAGAAGAGGAUAAAAUUGAUAACAACAUAAGUGAAACUGAAAGUUCAAGCAGCGAUGAUCAAAAUGACACUCAACCUACGGAACCCAGGAGAUCAAGAAGAAUCAACAAAGGUGUACCUCCUGAAAGAUUUAUGGCCUCUUCAAAUUUAGCAACACAGAAGAUCAAUGACCCAAAGAGCAGAAAUGAAGCGUUAUCAGGAUCAAACAAUCAAGAAUGGCAAAAGGCAAUGGACGAAGAAAUUUCAUCACUAUCGAAAAACAAAACAUGGGAUAUAGUGCCAGCACCAGAAGAUAGGGAUAUCGUCACCUGUAAAUGGAUUUUUAAAUCUAAACAAAAUCAAGAGGGAAAAACCACAAGAUACAAAACCAGACUCGUAGCCAGAGGUUUCUCACAAAAGUACGGAACGGAUUACGACGAGGUCUUCGCUCCAGUGGUAAGACAAACAACAUUCAAGAUCCUUUUGGCAAUAGCAGGUCAAGAAAAUUUGAUAAUAAAACAUUAUGACGCGAAAACAGCAUUUUUAAAUGGGGAUUUAGAUCAAACGAUUUACAUGACACAACCAGAGGGUUAUGAAAUUUUUAAAGAUAAUGUAAAAUUGGUAUGCAAAUUAAAGAAAGGGUUAUAUGGUUUAAAACAAUCCGCGAAAUUAUGGAAUGAAAAAUUAAAUUCAAUUCUGUUAAAUUUCAAGUUUUUGCAGAGUCAAACAGAUUCUUGCUUUUAUAUAAAGAGAACUAAAGAAAAUGUAAUUUUUGUGAUUAUUCAUGUCGAUGACUUUUUAAUUGCUUCGAAAUCAAUUGAGAAAAUAAACGAAACAGCUGAGUUUUUAAAGGGAAAAUUUCAAUUGUUAGAUUUGGGAUUUUUGCAUUGUUAUCUCGGUAUUGAAGUAAGAAGAAACUCGGAUGGUAUAUAUUGUAUUAAACAAUCACAAUAUAUCGACAACAUUUUGAAGAGAUUCGGCUUAGAAGAUGCGAAAAUUUCCAACAUUCCAUUGGAUCCAGGAUAUAUCAAGAUCGACAAGGAAGACCAACCAAUAAUGGAAGAGAGCGAGAAAUAUCAGCAAUUAAUUGGUGCAUUAUUGUAUUUAGCCGUUAAUACAAGACCAGAUAUCACAGCCAGUGUUAUAAUACUCAGUCAGAACAACAAGCACCCGACAUCAGCUGACUGGACGGAAACAAAGAGAAUCGGUCGCUACCUGAAAGGGACGAGGGACUACGAAUUGAUCUUAGGACAACGAGGAAAAGAAGAAGGACUGGUGGGAUACGCAGAUGCAGACUGGGCGGAAAAUCGUAAAGACAGAAAAUCAAACAGUGGUUACCUGUUCAAGUAUUUAAAUGCCACAAUUAGUUGGGGAUGCCGUAAACAAACUUGUGUCGCGCUAUCAUCAACUGAAGCAGAAUACAUCGCAUUGGCAGAGGCAUGUCAAGAAUGUAUAUGGAUACGUCGAUUGUUGGAAGAUUUUUUAAAUUACAAACAAGGACCAACAACAAUUUUCGAAGACAAUCAAAGUUGUUUGAAAUUUUUAAGCAACAAGAAGUUCAGCCAUCGCACCAAACACAUCGACACAAAAUUCCAUUUUGUAAAGCAGUUAAAGGAAAACAGGACAUUAAAUUUUGAAUAUUGUCCUACUGAUCGGAUGUUGGCAGAUAUGCUCACAAAACCCUUGAGCAGAAUAAAACUAAGGACUUUGGCAGAAGGAUGUGGAUUGACAACGCAAUCAAGUGUGCAUCAUCGUUGA